AUGGCUACCAAAAACAGGACAGAAGUGACUGAAUUUGUGUUGAUGGGAUUGUCCAGCCAGCCUGAGAUGCAGCCAGUUAUUUUUGGAGUUGUCCUUAUCAUGUACCUGAUGGCAGUUUUGGGGAAUACCCUACUAGUGCUUGUUGCUUGCUCAGACCCGAAGCUUCAGACUCCCAUGUACUUCCUUCUCAGCCAGCUUUCCUUGAUUGACAUUUCUUUAACUACGAUCAUUGUUCCCCAGAUGCUGGUUCACACACUCUCUGUUAGUAGAACCAUUUCCUAUAACUGCUGCAUGACACAGCUCUUUUCCUUUAUGACAGUAGGCAGCAUGGAAGUUCACUUGCUAGGUGCAAUGGCAUAUGACCGCUAUGUUGCCAUCUGUGACCCUUUAAGGUACUCUGCCAUUGUCAGCCACAGCCUCUGUCUUCGAAUAACGUUGACAUCAUUAGGGGUGGUCAGCCUUAACAGUCUCUUGUACAGUGUGUUAGUCACUCGUUUAACCUUCUGUGGUAACAAGGUUACCCACUUCUUCUGUGACAUCACUCCUCUGCUGAAGCUCUCCUGUACUCGACCAGUGGUCAAUGAAAUGUUAAUCUUCACUGAGGGUGUAGCUGUGGUAGUAAGUCCCUUCUUCUUCAUUUUUGGUUCCUAUGUUCGCAUAGGUAUUGCUAUAGCCCACAUGCACUCAGUUGCUGCACUGCAGAAAGCUCUGUCGACUUGUGGCUCUCAUGUUCUGGUUGUGAUGUUUCUUUUUGGUUCUUUGGUUCACAUGUACCUCAAACCAUCAUCUAGCUACAAUCUAGAACAAGAUCGCCAGGUUGCCAUCUUUUACACGCUCAUUUCUCCCAUGCUAAAUCCUCUAAUCUACAGCCUCAGGAACCAGGAAGUUAAAGGAGCUCUAUGGAGGCUUUUUAGGAAACUGCAUCCUCAGGCAGUUUCCAGCCUGGAUUUCAGGCAAAGAAUGUCAGUGAAUCUCCUGAGAAGCAAGGGUUAA